AUGCGGCGGUCCAUCGCUCUUUUCCUUGGUCUCGCUGCAUUGGCCUCUGCUCAGGACACUGCGACCCCCACUAUAGUGACCGACGCAUCGACGACCACUCCGACUGACUCCGUCACUUCUGCGCCCGCCACCACUUCUUCGAGUACGAGUGACAGCGCAGAUUCCAACAGCGCAACAACUGCCUCAAGCACAACGCAAGGUCCUAUAACACACACGGUGGCGGUGGCUUUGGGAGGAUUCACAUUCGUGCCCGACGUGACCUUGGCCAAAGUAGGCGAUACAAUCUUGUUUCAAUUCUACCCAACCAAUCACUCCGUCAUUCGCUCAGAAUAUGGGUACGCUUGCAUUCCAUACGAGGAUACCGGUGUCGACAAGGUCGGAUUCUUCUCAGGCUUUAAACCUGUCGAUGCGAUAUUGAGUGAACCACCUGAGUGGUCGAUCGUGGUCAAUGACACCAAUCCAAUCUUCUAUUAUUGUGGUGCACCGGGAUCAUGUAUUGACCAUCAGAUGGUUGGCGUCAUCAAUCCCAAUGCCACGACAUCCUUACAGCAUCAGAAAGACUUGGCAUCACAAUCUCAGUUCAUGCUACUGCCCGGUCAACCUUGGCCCGACGAGAGCGAGGAUCCGUUCACCACAGCGUCCGCGACUACUAGUGCGUCAGCGACUGCUUCACCCACCGGAGCUGGCUCCUCGAGCGAGACAACCGCCAGCGAGAAGUCAUCGUCCAAGUCAGGCCUCUCUGGUGGUGCGAUUGCUGGGAUUGCAAUCGGAGGCGCGGCUGUAGCUCUUGCGGCUGCUGUUGCCUCUAUCUCUGUGGUCGGCAAUCUCGCGCUCGUUUCCUACAAUCCACAAGCGCCGCAUGGUCAUCUGUCUUAUAUGACCGAUCCGACCAAGCAUAUGUCUAUGCACAGCAGUGUUGUAGGCUUGGGACCUUCUCCAGCCCUGCCUGGAUACGUGCCUUCACAUGAUCCUACCAUGUCGCCCCCUCUCCAUCCAGCAUAUCCAAUGCCGAUCAGCGAUUCCUUGAGCCCUGGUCCGAUGAUGCCAGGAAGUGAGCUCGCGUCGCCACACAGUCCAAGCCCGAGCCAGAUGUACGCUGUUCCGGCGUACAGCAGCGGCGUUCCACAGAGCAUAAACGGAACACCGGUUCACUCGAUAUAUAACACCCCGCCGCCGCCGCAUGUUCACGAAAUGGCAGCCUCCGAGCCUCUUCUGCAUCCACAAUCACCACCGCCACCGCCUCAAGGGGACGGAAUUAUGGGAUUCAUUCGAAGGUCAAGCGUCAGCAAGACCGGGGGUGUGGAACGCUACGGGUGA